AUGACAGUCGACGAAGCAACCCAGGUCAACGGCGUGCCCGAUCCCAACGCCGGCGUACUAGACGCAAACAAACUUGCCCUCCUCGCAAAUAUCACACCCCGUUAUGCCGAACACACCGACUCACCCGUCCCCUUCUUCCACCUCUUGGAGCGCCUAAAGACUACCAAACGUGCGGGAUGGCAGCGCUUCCACAUCGGAGACGGCGAGUCCAUAUCCGAUCACAUGUAUCGCAUGAGCAUCCUCACUAUGAUGGCCCCCGCCUCCCUGGGCUCGAAACUCGAUAUUGCCAGAUGCUGUCGUAUGGCCGUCAUUCACGACAUGGCCGAGGCGCUUGUCGGUGAUAUCACGCCCGUGGAUGGAGUGUCCAAGGAGGAAAAGAGCAGGAGAGAAGCCGCGACCAUGGACUACAUUUGCACCACUCUGUUGGGCAAGUUCAACGGCGGACUCAAUGGCCAGGACAUUAGAGCGAUAUGGCAGGAAUACGAAGACAGCAAGACACCCGAAUCACUCUUCGUACACGACAUCGACAAGAUCGAGCUACUGGUACAAAUGGUCGAAUACGAGCGCAAGUCCAACUGCGAGCGGGAUUUAGGAGAGUUCCAGUGGGUCGCAAACGUCAUCAAGAGCGAGGAAGUCAAAGUGUGGGCACAACAGAUCUUCCGUGAACGGGAACAGAUGUGGAAAGACGCUGGCAAGACACCAAAGCCCCUCGAGGCAUACAAGAAGUCCUAG